CCAGAUGGAUGAUCCUAACGCUGAGAGCAGAGCCUGCCUCAAUCGCUUCCAGAGGAGAAGAAGCGAAGGGCGGCGGAAACUGCAAUCAUGAAACGGAUUUGAAAAGAAAGAAAUUAACGUCUUCAGCCCGAAGAAACUGAUGUUCGUAGCCAGUCAUAUGACAGAAAAUGGACAAUUCGCAAUAGAAGAACCGGGCUACCCUGGAGUGACGGUGGCAGCAGAAGAAGGGACGGAGUGGCUGCGUGUGGAGAUCGAGCGCCUUUCCCGAGAGCUAAGCGAGACGUCGCAUGAGAAGAUCCAGGCAGCGGAGUAUGGGCUUGCGGUGCUGGAGGAGAAGCAGCAGCUGAAACAGCAGUACGACGACCUGGAAAUCGAGUAUGAGACCGUUCGGCAAGAGCUCGAUCAGCUUAAAGAGGCCUUUGGUCAAGCACACUCCAACCAUAAGAAGGUGGCUGCUGAUGGAGAGAGUCGGGAAGAGUCCCUGAUCCAGGAGUCCGCCUCCAAGGAGGCGUACUACGAGCAGAGGGUCCUGGAGCUGCAGACCGAGCUGAGGCAGAUGAGGAACGUCCUGACCAACACCCAGUCAGAGAACGAGCGCCUGGCAACCAUCGCCCAGGAGAUGCGGGAGAACCAUGAGAUGACCGAGCUGCAACGCACUCGCCUGCGAGAUGACAUCAAGGAGUACAAGUUCCGGGAAACACGCCUCCUGCAGGACUACACAGAGUUGGAGGAGGAGAACAUCUCUCUGCAGAAGCAGGUCUCCGUGCUCAAGCAAAAUCAGGUGGAGUUUGAGGGCCUGAAACAUGAAAUCCGCCGCUUGGCUGAAGACACAGAGUUCCUGAACAGCCAGCUGGAGGAUGCCAUCCGUCUGAAGGAGAUUGCAGAGAGGCAACUUGGGGAAGCCCUGGAGACCAUCAAGACCGAGCGCGAGCAGAAAAACAACCUGCGCAAGGAACUGUCGCAAUACAUGAGCAUCGGGGACUCCCUGUACCACAGCCCCCUCAGCAUCUCCCUCGAUGGCCUCAAGUUCAGCGAUGACAUCACUGAGCCCAACAACGAUGACGCUCUCAACGGCUACGACAGCAGCUUCUGCAAGCUGGCAGGCGACGAUGACAACAGCAAGGUGUCCACCCCCAAGAAGAGCGACCUCUUCCACCCUGCCCCCAGCUUGGUCAACGACCUCCUCAGCGAGCUCAACCUCUCGGAGAUCCAGAAGCUCAAGCAGCAGCUUAUGCAGGUAGAAAGAGAGAAGGUCAACCUCCUGUCAACUCUACAGGACUCUCAAAAGCAGCUAGAACAUGCCCGCGGUGCUCUGUCUGAGCAGCACGAGAAGGUCAGUCGUCUCACUGAGAACCUCAAUGCCAUGAAGAAGCUGCAGGCCAGCAAAGAGCGUCAGUCAGCCCUGGACAACGAGAAGGAGCGCGACAGCCACGAGGAUGGGGACUAUUAUGAGGUGGACAUCAACGGGCCUGAAAUCCUGGAGUGCAAGUACAAGGUGGCCAUGUCUGAGAUUGGGGACCUGAAGGAGGAGGUCAAGGAGCUCAAGUCCAAGUACCAGGAAUGCCAGUCCAAGUAUGCAGAGGAGAAGAACCGCCUAGAGGGCGAUGUACAGGCUCUGACGGAGAAGCUGUCUCUGCUGGAGAAGAGCAGCCGCACGGACCGCGGCCAGGUGGAGCGUCUGGAGAAGGAGCUGAAGAAGGUGAGCGACGUGGCCGGAGAGUCUCAGGGAAGCCUCAGUGUUGCCCAGGAUGAGCUGGUCACCUUCAGCGAGGAGCUCGCCAACCUCUACAACCACGUGUGCAUGUGCAACAACGAGACGCCGAACCGUGUCAUGCUCGACUUCUACAAGGAGGGCAGAGGGGUCCGAAACAGCCCCGAAGGUCGGGGCCGCCGCUCCCCAAUCCUGCUCACCAAGGGGCUGUUCCCCGAGCCCGUUAAGGCCGAGAGCAGUGACAGCGUCCCGUCCCCUGUCUCCUCGCUACCCUCCCCGGUCUCGGACUCCCGCAGGGAACCCAUGAACAUCUACAACCUGGUGGCCAUCAUCCGUGACCAGAUCAAGCACCUGCAGAUGGCUGUGGACCGCACCACUGAGCUCUCCCGUCAGAGGGUGGCCUCGUUGGAGCUGGGUCCUGUAGUGGACAAGGACAAGGAGGCCUGCAUGGAGGAGAUCCUGAAGUUGAAGUCCCUGCUGAGCACCAAGCGAGAGCAGAUCGCAACCCUGAGGACCGUGCUGAAGGCCAAUAAGCAGACGGCCGAGGUGGCGCUGGCCAACCUGAAGAGCAAGUAUGAGAACGAGAAGGCCAUGGUGACAGAGACCAUGAUGAAGCUACGCAAUGAGCUGAAGGCUCUGAAAGAGGACGCGGCCACCUUCUCCUCCCUCAGGGCCAUGUUCGCCACGCGGUGUGACGAGUAUGUGACACAGCUGGACGAGAUGCAGAGGCAGCUGGCGGCCGCCGAGGACGAGAAGAAGACGCUGAACUCGCUGCUGCGCAUGGCCAUCCAGCAGAAGCUGGCGCUGACGCAGAGGCUGGAGGACCUGGAGUUCGACCACGAGCAGCUGCGGCGGGGCAGCCGUGCCAAGACGGGCCCCUCCCGUGCCAAGGGCGCCCCCGCCAACCCACAUGUAAGUCACGGGCAGUCCUGCGCCGGCCGCGCCGAGUCCAGCGGCAUCGCCGGGCCUGUGGUCUUCUGCAGCGAGAAGUACAAGAUCUACUGCGACUAGAGGGGGAAGCGGGGGGGCUGGCUGGAUGCCCGCUUGGGUGGGGGGUGCGGGGGGGUUGGGUAGGCACCUGCUCGCUUCUGCUCUGACUCUGCUCCAGGUGCCAGACUGACAUCUCUUAGCGUGAUGCUGUCAUCCACUGCGGCUUCGGAGCUCGGGGACGUGUGACUGUUCUGUCUCUCUGUCUCUCAUUGCUCCUUGCCGUAGCCUGUGUCUCUCAGCCAGGACAGCGUCUGCACCACUUCUUGCGUUGUGGGACUGUGCUCAUCCCCUCCCAACACCUUCCAGCUAGCCCAGCCCCGCAACUGCCUCCUAGGACCCCAAUGUUGGCCACCAAGCAUUGGUGGUUAUAUUUUGUUUAUUUUAUUUUUUAUUUUUUUAAUUAGUGUUUAUCCCCAAAGUAGACCAAAGCAUUAGUGGAGGCAGUUACCCAUGAUCCCUCUGGCUGGCCUGGGUUUUAGGGGGGAAGGGGCAGUGAUUUAGCAGUAAUCUUAUUGCACUUAUGUUUACACUCAAUAAAAUAUGCAAAGAUGCAUUAAAUUGGUUAGGAAUUGGGUGCACAAGACGACUCGACAGUUCACACUUUAAAGGAGGAAAUCUACUCCGAUUUGGGACUUUGGGAACCGCGUGUCAGUGGGAGUGGUGUCUCGGCCCCCUGCACCCACUGUUACUUCUGUGUUGAUUUGCUUUGCUCUGUGCUGCUAAUCUGCUAAUUGCUGGCUUUUCUGGGCUAUGGCUGUUAACAGUUUUGUUCCUGGUGUAACUAAGCACAGCACAGGUGCCACAUGGUUGUGACCCCCCCCCCCCUCCCGACGUUUGGUUUAGGGAGUUCUCUCAGAGCCAUAUGGAAAUGAAGUCCGAGAUAAAGUGUGCUUCUCAUCAGGUGCCUCAGAUGUCUAAAUUAUAAACAAGCAGAAGGAACCUGAAGCGAGAUACAAAUGAUACUGUGAGCAGGCGCUAAUAGUAUUGAUUCUUUUGGAAACUUUCUUAAGUAAAAGAGCACAGAAUGGCACUCUGAGACCAACACAGACCUGUAGAAGUGCCUCUUGGAGUAUCUGGAUGUCAAGUCCUGUGUGUUUUCUUUUCUUUUUUCCCCGAAGUUAAUGCUGAUCUCUCCCUCUUUCGAGUUUCCCUGGAGCUGCUAAGCUUUCCUCUGGCUGAGCUCUGCGUCUCUGACGUUGUCCUGCUCCUUCUGUCCCGCCACUCUCUCUCUCUCUCUCUCUCUCUCUCUCUCCUCUCUCUCUCUCUCUUUCUUUAGAUUGUCAGCAGCUUGUUUCCUUCGACUCGCCAGCCUACCUUUAAGUAGGGGAGGAAAAAUAUAUCCUCAUGUUGCCGCCAGGUAAUUUUUCCUCUUGCGUGCAACGUUGUGAAAUCAACUCCGCUUGUAUGAUAUACUGUAUGUGAAUCUUAAAAAAAAAAAAAAAAAAUGCAUCAGUGUUUAACAAACGUGGCAAAUGGAAUAGAAGUAGAAGUAAACUGUUUGCCUUGAACUGUUGAUCUCAUUUGUAUAAGUGGUGGAAAGGAGUUUGCGUGCUGUUUUUUAAUGAAAUGCUUUGAUAUGCAAGCUAGGCGUUUGAAAAUGUAUGGGGCAUUUAUUAAUAGUUUGUUUUACUAAUAAAAGCAGGGUUGAUAUGAGAAAAAUAUGCUUUCUAAUACAUAACCAGUGUACUUUCUUACUAAUCGUACAUUCUAAAGUGUUUGGGUUUUGAUUUCCCAGAUUGCUUGUUAGCUCUUGAAAAUGAAUGAGAAAUUUAACCAUUUGAGUUAACAUUUUUUGCAGAAUCUGGAGGAAUAUAUGUAAUAGUCAACCCUGCUUUUUCCCAGCUUUGCUGCAACCGCGUUUUCAAGGUCUUUUAGGUUAUUAAUGUUAGGAGCCAACGAGACUUUGAUAACAGAAAUAAUAGAAUAGUAGAAAUGACAUUGUGCAUUUUAUGGUUGAGUCCAAACACUUUCCUCCAUUGAGAAUCAACAAAAUGAUUCGCUGUUUUCGCAAAGUUCUCUGGUUUGGCGAAAAGCACAUUAGUUACUUGAUGCAAAAUCAAAGGUCUCUCAGAGUAAACGGUGGCAGGAGGCACUCAGAUAAGAAGUGUGUGCCUGUUACUCUGAGAGCGUUUUUUAACCGUGAUUUUUUUACCAUGGUAAAAUGUGGUAUUUCUUCUUCUAUGACCUGGAUGGCUGUUCCCGCCGUGGCUUUAGGAUUCAGACUCUCCUUUCAGUUUGCCGCCAUGCUUGCGCCCCGAUAUCGGCUCCUCUCGAGUUUCCCCUAGAGUGCGGUGAACCUUUUCUUUUUAGCAUCUGUUUAGCGGUUUCUGGAGGAAAGGCGGUAGAUCAUCUGGUUUGAAAUCCACGCGCCCAUCAGGACACAGCAUGUGAACUCUCACUUUCCUACCUCUGCUUGCAGGCUUCCCCCUUCUUCAGUUUGCCAAGCCUGUAUUUUUAACCCCCCCCCCUGCCCCCCACUCACAAACAGUGAUCUGCAUGCCCCCGCCCCCUCCGUCUUUUGCUCUGCUGCAUGAGCUGAGCUCCUGGGUCUGGUACUUGUGAGCUAUCGACCUCCUGCACACGCUGCUCUCCUGUGUGUGGCUGACUCUGGGCUUUGUGCUUCCAUAACGUCUGAAUAGGCAGCAGCUCCAUGCUCCAGUGACACGGGCAGCUGCUAACCUGUGGGCACUAACCUCUGCCCUUAGCUAACUCACUUUUCCAACCGCAGCGUGUGGUUGGUUUAUUUAUUCUAAUGCAAAGGUCCUGCUUGCUCCUCAUAUUUACCCAAUUACAAUUUUAAUGGCGAAAUAUCAUUUUUAAUGCUGAUUUUGAUUUAUGUCUCCAUCUUGCAGUAAUUUAGUUCAGCCUGGAUGCGCCGCUUCCGGCAGAGGGAGAGGCAAACGCAGCCGGCUCCCCGUCAGGCGCGCCGCCCGCAGAUAGCGUUGCCUGGCCAAUAGGACUUAAGAAUUCCACACGGAGAACUUUUUUCUCUUUCCCUUUCCCUAAUUGGCAAAAAAAAAGCAAAACGGACGUGUUCCGGUCACCGCACUCCCGCACGGAAACGCGUACUACGGCGCGGCGGCGAUGCCGCGUUUGGAAUGUGAAACGAAGCGCAGCGACCUUUCAGCUGCGGGAAAGCGAUGCUCACAAGUACCGAGGAGAAGCUGCUCACCUUUCCAGCAGCGACCAAGGGUCUGCGAGAGAAGCGAGGGGCUGCUUUGUGUUUUACUCAGUGUUCUUACAUUUUGAUCCUGCGCACUUUUCACUCUUCGGUUUUACACUUUAGGGAAAUUUCGUGGCGCUGUGGUUAGUCAGUCUGACCCUUGUAUUUUUAAUAAUUAUUGUUUUUUUUACGCAUCUCUUUGCACACGCCACUAAAACAAAAUUUCUCACCAUCAAUACACUACAAACCAGAGCUCAACAUUCUCCACUUAAUUAAUCCUUAACUCAGAUCAUAGACUUGUUUUAUUUUUUAUCAUAAUUAUUGUUAUCGUUUGUUGUUAUUUACUGAUAUUAUACUGCCAUGUUCUGAACAAAAUCCAGGGUAAGCAAAUUCUGGGGUUUUUCAUGUAUUAUUAUUCUUAGGAAUAGCUUAAAGUAACAAGGAGAAACUUGACGUUGUUCUGGUUUAAAUGGUAGUAGGCACUUGAAACCAUGAAUGAAUUGACUAGUAUUUCCAAUUCAUUUCCAGAAUUUCUGGGAUAAAGAUUCAGGAGGGAUCACUGAUGGGCAGAAUUUUUUGCAAGUGUUCUAAUUAAAUUCCAAAUUGGAAUUGUUUCAUUCUCUCUUUGUUUACCGUGCCAAAUCUUGGUACAUUUUUAGGUUUUUGAAAAUGAAAUGGAGGAGGAAAAAAAGCAGGAAAUAGGCUGCUAGAGAACAUUCGUGAUUUGGGUUCGCUAUCUCAGCGCCUUGUUUUGUUCUGCUCUCAUUCUGACCAGUAGUGCCUUUUAUUUCAAGGGAGAAUCUUAGCCUAGUUGGAUGACUUAGGAUGAAAUUAAGCAACUAGCAACAAAUCUUAGCAGAGGCGGAGUGUAGGAGCAAUAACAUGCAAAAAGCCAGUCCCUUUUUGCAUGAGUCUGACUAGUUACAUGAAAUGGAAAUUGUACUGAAUUCUGUAAGUCAGUGAUCCCUGGAGGAUGCAAAUUCAGGGCUUUAGUGAAGUUUUUUAAUCAUACUUUGGGAACCAAAAAUAAUCACUUUGGCCUCCUAAUGAAUAUAAACGGUAAGAUAUAACACAUUUGUGGGUGCAGGAUGGUAUACUAUUUGAAAUAUUAACGUAUCAAUAGCUUUGUAUGGUGGUGACGGUAACGUGGUAUCAAUAGUAUUGUUGGCAAAUGUGUAAGCUUUUUUGUAUUUUGUUUUUUAUACAUCUAAGCAUUGUUAUUUCAGUAAACAGAAAGCAGACUCCGCAUCUACAAGCUUGGUAUGGCGUUUGUAGUCAUAUGGCUUGUGGAGGCAUCAAAAUGUUGUUAUUGAUGUGGUUGGAAAGUUUUAAAAAAUUUUGAGUGCAAUUCAGAUGCUGUUUUACUUGGGUAAAGGUUUUCUGUUUGCUGGAAGCGAUUGCAUUGUGAUAAUUAGCCGUGCAAAACUUUAUCAUCAUCCUUCUGUUACAGUAUUGAUCAUUUGAUACCUUUAUAUGAAAUAAUGACUUCACCUGUAUGUCGGUAUUUAUUUGAAAGAUGUCUUGCAGUACUGUAUUACUUUAAUGUGCAUUACGAUUAGUGGCAAAAAUGAUCUUGACUUAUGCAUGUUAUUCAGUCAUGGGACCUUUACACAGAGGUGAAAACAAAAUGCGCAACUUCAGAAAAUGUGAGCAAAAAUGGAAAAAUGUAUAAUUUUAGGCGUUAAUAAUGUAUUACUUACAAACUAAUCCUAAAGAGAAUUGUUUUGUUUUCUCUAGAAAGGCUGUGUCUGUGUAAAGGUAGUCAUACUGGCUAAAUCAAUAAAGUUGGAUUAAACCAUUCCUGA